GCAAACUGCUGUGGGCAGCAAGGCAAGUUAAGUUGUAAAGGGCAAAUCUCCAUCAGAGAGCAGCAGGAAGCUGAUACAGGGCAGGGGGUUUGAUCUUUUCCUCUCAUGCAGCGGGCACGGAGUACUAUUGGUUCUGCCUCUACACUUGUCUGCAAAGUAUCACUCCAGGAGUGAGAGAGUUAACAAAUACAGUGGAAGAGACAGCUCUGUAAGCUGAGCUACAUGGUCACAUGCACAGGUUUUAUUUUUAACAUCCCAAAACUACUUGAUGUUUCUGCCUGGGCUUGCUCCGUGUCCUUCUGUUCUCUUCUCUUUCUUUGCUUGCUGUUGUUCCUCACCCACCUCACUUCAGCCCAGCUGAGCACAACCAGGAGAGAAGUGUUUGGUACGUGCACAGGGACUCUAUGAUCAAGCACCGGGCCCAGAAAGCUCCCCCUGGGCAACACAGGCACUGCGAGCGAUGUUUCAGCCGGCACUGCCGCGCGCCCAUUGAGGUCUCCGUGUCCUGCAUGGUGAUCAGCUGCCGCCUCCACUGCGGGGCCACCUUCCAUAUGUGCAAGGAGGAGGAGCACAAAUUACUCUGCCCCUUGGAGCAGGUGUCCUGCCUCAACUCAGCCUAUGGCUGCCCUUUCUCCAUGGCCCGCUUUAAGCUGGGGAAGCACCUCCAGGUCUGCCCAGCCAGUGUUGUCUGCUGCUCGAUGGAGUGGAACCGCUGGCCAAACGUGGAUUCAGACACAACCCUGCACAAGAAUAUUAUGAAUCUGGACACAGCUUUGGCACUCAGAGACCAGAAGAUACUUUUCAGGACUUUGAAAAUAGCUGAAUUAUUUCCAGAGUGGAGGAAAAAGGAUGAACUGGAAGAACUAAUGGAUCAAGCCAUGGGUGGGGAAGCAGGUGCUGUGGGAGGAGCUGCCUGCGGUUCCCAAGAGGGCAACGACCAGUCUGAGCUCAGCCAACGUGAGCGGGAAGAUUUGGCAAAGGACAAAGAGGGAAUGGAUCUGGGGAGUUACAAAACCUGGGAGAACAUUUUCAGCAAAGAGCUUCUGGCUUGCCAGGUAACGGGCUCAGCAACCAGCACAGGACAAAAGAAGGAGGAGGCUUCCAAGAAAACAGCAUCAGCCUCUCAUGCGGCCAGCUCCUCAGAGAAGGCAAAGGAAGGACCUGAGGGUGCAGAAGAGGGGAAGGGCCAAAAGUCUGAACAAGUAACACCGAGUAGAGAACUGAAUGGACUGGCUCCCUGGCAAGAAGGGGUCCUGGAGAGGCUGAAGAAGGAAGUCGGUGUAGCUGAUUACAACAUGUACCUGGUACAUCACGGGGGAAUGCUCAUCCGCUUUGGCCAGAUGGCUGCUUGCACUCCCAGAGAGAAAGACUUUGUCUAUGGGAACUUGGAAGCCCAGGAGGUGAAGACUGUCUACACCUUCAAAGUGCCUGUUAGUUACUGUGGCAAAAGAGCACGACUAGGAGAUGCACUGGGCCACAAGAUGCCAACUUCAGACAAGUCAGUGGAUACCUCAGAACUGGGAAUAAGCAUAGAAGAACUACCUAAGACAAACAUAGUUGAAGCCACACUGCUGUGUGCUCUGGAAAAAGAGCUGAAAGGCCAUGAGAUCUCUGAAGCAAGAGGUAUCGAUGGACUCUUUGUGGAUUUUGCAACACAGACAUACAGCUUUCCUUUGGAGCCCUUCUCCUCCAAUGCAGUUCUAGCAGAUAUUCUGGAUGAAGACAGCCCACCAGAACUGCACAUGGAGCUCUACACUGAAUGUGUAACCAGAAGACACAACAAAAGCAGUUCAGCUUUCACAUUCACUUGCAGUCAUUUCUUUAGGAGGGAUGAGUUCCCAUCCCACUUCAAGAACGUGCAUGCUGAUAUCCAGUCAUGCCUGGAUGGAUGGUUCCAGCAUCGCUGCCCACUAGCUUACUUGGGAUGUCCUUUUGUCCAAAAUCACUUCCGCCCUGAGGGACUUAUGGCCAAGGUUAUUUACAGCAAGCCUCUCAAGACAUUUGCUAUUAAGCCGGAGGUGGACACCCUUCUUGCUGAACCGGGCAAGUGCAAUUCCACAGUGGAUAGUCGAGGGAGAAACAAGGACUUGCUGAGCAGCCUCCCAGUGGAAGUGCUCAAGUACAUUGCAGGAUUCCUGGACAGCUUCAGUUUGUCUCAGCUAUCACAAGUGUCAGUGCUCAUGAGGGACAUCUGUGCCACUCUUCUUCAAGAGCGAGGAAUGGUCCUGCUGGUCUGGGAGAAAAAGAGAUAUUCCCAUGGUGGUACCUCUUGGAAAGCUCGCAAAAAGAUCUGGCAGUUCAGCAGCCUGUUCUCCAGAGUUCACCACUGGCAGCGCAGCGAUGUCCCCAGCAUGUCGGAGCACCUGAGGAAUUGUCCCUUUUACCAGGCGGAGCACAGGACGGACCCCGUGCUGCUGACGGGCAUGAGCGAAUCUCGGGAGCAGACUCGAAAGACUUUGGUCUCUACUUUCAAGCACAGAGUCUGAGCAACUUGCUUCCCCUCUGCCAUGCUUCCUUCAGGGCUCUUGAGAUGAAGAUUUGGGGAUUCAGGUGUAAAGAUUAUCACUUCCAACUCUUCUUUGGACGUACAAAAUUGGCUUCUCCCCAGCUGCCUUUGAAACCUCUGCAUUUUUCUUUUUCCUGCAUUAAUUCGUUAAAACUUCAACCACUGCUUACUAACAUCACAUGCUUUCUGUUUAUGUUUCUGUUCCUGGUUUAAUACAGCAUCUUGAAGAAAGCAAUGAGGAUCUUACUUGAAAACAGCAUUUUUACUUCCUUGAAGGUAGGCUGCUGCUCCUGUACCGUGUGCCUGAGGGAAGUAUGAGCAGUUAAUGUACUUAGCUCAAAUAGAUCUGAAACACCUUAGUAUUGUCUGGAAAGCCAAGUUCUAGGAGCACACGUAGAUGCCCUCCUGCCUGGCAGACCUCGGGACUGCUAACCUGCUCUGAGACGUGGGCAAAAGAAAAGGACUCCCCAACAAUAUGUGAAUUAAUUAGAACUCCAGUGAGAACUUGGGAGUUCACUGUGCAGCCACAGACCAUCAUUUAGGACCCUGACUAAGGCAAGCACACCUUGUUGUGUGCAAGCCUAAAGCUGAGCUCACGGGAGAAUUCAAACCAAACCAAAGCAGGCAAAGUACUUCUCUUUGCUAGAAGUAACCAAGUAGCAAACAAUUUUGGAGACUCAAUUGACUUUUUAUAUUUUAAGGUAACACCUUUUUUGUUUUAUCUGACAAUUCACUAAAGCCAUUAAAGAAUAUUUGAAGUCAUUUUUAAAAUGCCUUACCAAUGCAGUUUUGCAGUUGUAGAUUGCAAAUUCUAGUUGUAAGCAACUGAAACCAGGAUAUCAAAGAAAGAAUAAUCUUUUCCAUAAAAGAAAGUAAUUCAGUAACCCAUUCUGUAACAGUAUGGAUAAUGUUUGCUUCAGUUAAAUGGGCUGCAGCAUACAAUCUUUUUUUACAGAGCAGAAAAAUUAUUAGGAUUUGGUUUAUCUUUUAAUAAAUACACUUACUUAAACCAGAACAGGCUUGCCGAGGCAACAGAUGAAAGAAAACAGGCGUGUUACCAGCAGUGUCUGUCUCAUUACACUGUUUGAACCCAUUUCAGCGGUGCUAGUCAGAAAUGCCAUGGAUGUGGUGGUGGGUGAGAUUCCUCUGAAAUGGCCAUACAUUUAUUUGUCAGCUUAGAACAGUUCCCAGCCACUGCACAGCCACAGGGUGCUGACUCACCCCCUUCCUUUUUUUAAGUGUGUAGCCAGAGGUGUGAGCUCAAGACUGAGGUCUGGUUUCAUCACUUUCUUGGGCAGGAAAACCUUGCUGGGAGCUGGGAUAUUUGCUGGCCUGGACCACUGCUCUUCUCACCUGGGCUGGCCAGGUGCGAACUGGCUCAGGCAGUUGGAUACGAGCCACACUUGCCAUCCUCGACCUCCAUGCAGAUCUGGGAUGAGGUGGGCAUGCAAGAAGGAGCCCUCUCUUACCCAGAGAGGUUGCUGAUGAGCCUGAGCUGGGUGCUUGGUAAUCAAAGGCAUGAAUGUCCUGGUGACUCAAACCCCCAAACCACCCUGAGUGCAGCUCAGCCUUGUCUACACUUGCAGCUUAAGUGGUCCCUGUGAGAUUUUUAACCAUAUGAGGAUGGUUUUUGUCUCCAGACACAGACCUUCAGGAGCAUACAGUCUGAGCUGUGAGGACAGUGGAAUGGUUCUGGGAACAGGAAAAGCAGCACCUCUUUUCUUUUCUUUUCUUUUCUUUUCUUUUCUUUUCUUUUCUUUUCUUUUCUUUUCUUUUCUUUUCUUUUCUUUUCUUUUCUUUUCUUUUCUUUUCUUUUCUUUUCUUUUCUUUUCUUUUCUUUUCUUUUCUUUUCUUUUCUUUUCUUUUCUUUCCUUUCCUUUCCUUUCCUUUCCUUUCCUUUCCUUUCCUUUCCUUUCCUUUCCUUUCCUUUCCUUUCCUUUCCUUUCCUUUCCUUUCCUUUCCUUUCCUUUCCUUUCCUUUCCUUUCCUUUCCUUUCCUUUCCUUUCCUUUCCUUUCCUUUCCUUUCCUUUCCUUUCCUUUCCUUUCCUUUCCUUUCCUUUCCUUUCCUUUCCUUUCCUUUCCUUUCCUUUCCUUUCCUUUCCUUUCCUUUCCUUUCCUUUCCUUUCCUUUCCUUUCCUUUCCUUUCCUUUCCUUUUCUCUCCUUUUCUCUCCUUUUUUUUUUUUUUUUUUAAUGCUAUUCUAUUUUCUUCUCCUAGAGAUCUUUUCUGGGAAGAGUCACAAUGCUUUAGACAUGAAAAUAAACUUCUCUGCAUAGGUAUCCUGCAGAAAACACAAGUAGCACCCAGGUUUAUGGAAAGGAAACUGAAGGAAAUGAGCACAGGGAACCUAAGCUGGGCCAGGAGCAGUUAGAACCAGACUUGGAUCCUUCAUCCUGAGGCUUAAGCCACUGCACAAAAACAAACUGUCCAUACUUUAAAGCCGCUUACAAAAACUCACCUGUCCUCAAAACAUUCCAUAUAACAUGAGCUGCCCAAUAUUAUCUCGUUUUACCCAGCAAAGUUGAUGGGUGUGAAAACAUACAGCCAGAAUUCCUAGGUCUCCAGGAAUUCCUGAGAGACCUAGAAUUCCUAGGUCUGUACAUCAGGGCCUCGUUCUUCACUUAUCAUGUAUCCAAUUUCAAAAGAUGCUGAGCACCCAACUGUAGCUGCAGACCACAGUAUCUGCAAAAUGCAUGUCCAAACACUGAGUGCCAGAAUCUGUGCUGGGUGCUUGAAAAUGGAGCCACUUACUUUUAUGGAUAAUUUGGGGAGAGUGGGAAAAAAAAGUUGCUGGAAUAAUAAGGUCUCAGAGUAAGUCAGGGUUCAUGGCUGGCAGGAGACCAUGAAAAAUUUCAGUCUAUGAACAAUCUCUCACAUGAUCAGCCACCUAGCUGCUGUAAAGUGCUGUGGGUACCCUGAAAUUUUGGCCUAUGUUAGGUGUGAACUUGGCUCAUUUUACUUUCAGUGCCUGAGUCACCAGCACCACUUCCAUUCUGCUCUUGGCUGCCUUCUGCCAGUUCCAGAGGAUUUUGUUUUUGUCACUCUCUGCUCCUGGAGAUGGCGUGGCCUCAGUUCCAUCCUUUUUACAAUGGAUCCUGCUUCCUCCCUCCACAGCAGGGGGAUGCAACCUUUGCAAAUACAGUGGUUGGUGGUGCAGGUCAGAGUUAGGAAUAUUGCAACCUCUACCUCGUGGGAUUAGCCAGGGUGUGCAUAGAACACCCAGGAGACUGGAUCAUUUCCCUUCUGGUAUUCCUACAGGGCAUGCUGGAGAGUGUUUAUUCACAGAGAGACGUAUUUGCUCCUGUGAAUAUAUAGGUGUGUUUCUGUAAACUGUAGAUCUGAUUAAGUGACAUUCAACACAUCCAGUGAAAGCUGAAAAUCCACAGCCAAAAUCUUCAGGUUAGUCUGGUUAACCUGAUCUGGGAGAGGCAAAGCUGUACAGGGAAGGGGAAAUCACCCUUUCAUUUCUGCAUACCCACCUGGCCAGUGUCAGCAGGGAGCUGCCUCUCACUUCAUCCCAGCCUUACCAGGACUGGAGAGCUGUGGGCUGGUGUCAGAUGCAGUUUUAUUAAUCUAAGGGUCACGCCAAGCUAGCUCAGUGUUGGUGGUCCUGCCCAUUAGCAGAGUCAGCAGAUGAUUUAGGAGCUGGAAGGAACUGAAUUUUCCUGCACUGUGUAUCUUUGUGGGCACAAUGCUGGCUUAUUUAAAAGGUGACAGGCUUCAGUUUGGGUUCAGCAAGUCCUUAGCUCCUGGUUUGAGUUUGUAAUUUGGCCAAGAAAACUUUGGCUAAAUUUCAGCUUGAGGAAUUUGAUUAGAAUAAACUGAGCAUUUGGUGUUUUUCAAAACAGUCUAUUGUUUUGGCAGGGUCUGAACUGGAAAAGGGGAUCCAAUUCCAGCAGAACAUUGAGGUUGCUCUCAGUCCAGCCUCUACACUCUGGAUCUUCGUGACUUUGGUCUUGUUUGUGCUGUCCACAAGUCCUGUGAAGUGCAAGAGCAAUACUCCACACACUCCAGGCUGACGUGUCUUGCAGUGUUUCCUCUCCCUGGAAAAGUGGAAGUGAAAUGAAGGCAUUGUGGAAAUGAGAAAGGUCAGAGCAGGGCAAGAAACCUCAUGACAAGAGAAGACAGGAAACAGAAAAGGUAAUGGGUUUGGAUAGAGAGACCUGCCUCUUUGUAGGUGGUGUGAGGAGAGGCAAGAGGAGACAGGUAAAAGGGCUCAGAAAUGAAAGGGUCUGGGAUGUGCUGCCAAAAGUAGAGGUUUUCUGGAUAGAAGCAUUUCCUUAAGAAAGACUCUGGAAAUUCCCAGUUGGUGUUAUACAGUAACACAGGGCAGAUGAUAUUUUUAAGGGGUGAAAGGGCAAGUGACCUACUGACAGGUAUCCUAAGUCUGGGUUGAAGGAAGGAAUUUUUUGAUGGACCUCCAAUUCCCAAAACUGAGUGAGCACAGAUAAGGUGAAGUUUAUGUGAACAGUGCCUGUUAUUUUGUGAAACUCUGUAAGUCCUUGUUGCGUUCUCAAGAAUAAAAAUUAUUAUGGUAUUAAAAAA